AUGUCGUCGUCCCGGUAUGCUGCAAAAUUUAUAAGAAGACAGACGGAUGAUGGGGAGAUGAAAGCAUAUUGGGGUAAAGCUGGAGCACCAAUUACUCUGCCCUGCUCUAUUAGCUUGUUCAACGAGGAAAGUUUUUCGCUGGAUUGGAGAAAAGAUGGACAACUAAUUCUCAGUGCUUUUGGUCAGGAACAAGGACAUGUGACACCGACAUUGCAAGGUCGUCUAGCUCGAGAUGGAUUUCUAGGGAUAACGAUACAUUCGGUCACGGAUGGGGAUGCAGGAGUAUACCAGUGUAUUGUCACAAAGUUCUCAAAGCAACCCACUAGACCCGAGAAAGGGCUUUCGGCAAAGUUAGUAGUGAAUGUUCCGCCUGUUAUUAUAUCCCCAUCCAAAAAUGCUAUAAUUCAUAAGAAAGUUGGAGCUGAUUUAAUAUUUGAAUGUAAGGCGGAGGGUGCUCCAUCUCCAGAAAUUACUUGGUCAAGGAACGAGCAGAUCAUUAGCACCUCACCUGUUCUAACGCUUAGUAAUUUGGAAGAGGGUGAUAAAGGGUUAUACACAUGUCUAGCUGUGAACAUUGAGGGAAACAGUACAUCAUCAAUUGAUGUAAGGUUUACGAAAGCAACGAUUCUUGAUUUGAUACCUUUAAACAAAACCGUCAUCGAGGGGUCCAAUGUUUUUUGGCACUGUCACGCAAAUGCCCAAGCUACCGCUAUAUCGUAUUCCUGGCUCUUCGAGAAAAAGCCAAUUAAAACUACUUCGUUAGGACUCCGCUCAAACAUUCGAUCCGGCGAUCUUUCACUUCAAGAUGUCAGAAAGAGUGACAGCGGUUGGUACACUUGCGAAGCCAAGAAUAGUGCCGGAGAAACGACAAGUUCAACUGCUUAUCUUCACGUUUUCUAUCCACCAGAACCAUUAUCAUCUCAUCAGCCGGUACAAACUGUUGCUUCCGGAAGAAAUACAACUGUAUCUUGUGAUGUUAUCGCAAAUCCUACUCCAACUAGCUACACUUGGUCAAAAAAUGGUCAUUACUUACCGACACAAGCUUCAAGUCAUAUUAUUAUCAGCUAUGCGAAACCAGGUGAUGGUGGUAUUUACGGCUGCCAGGCCGAUAAUAUUGCUGGGAAAGGAUCAAUUGUAGAGACGCACUUGAUUGUUGCAGAGCCUCCCGUAUUCACAGUUGCACCCCCAUCCGAGAUAAAAGUACGCCUAGGCGAUCAAGUUUCGAUUCCCUGUCAAGGCUUUGGAGACCCAAUGCCUAUUGUUUAUUGGAUAAGAGAUAAAAAACGAAUAAACCAAUCGACGUUAACAUUCAAAAAAGUUGAACACUUGGAUCACGGUGCUUAUGAGUGCGUUGUCGCCAAUUCCGUCGAGACCAUCUCAACAAGAGUUAUGUUGCUGGUUGAGAUAACAAAACCUCAGAUGGCUUCAUCUAUCAAGUUUACAUGUCUUAAUAGCAGUUCGAUGAGAAUUUCUUGGACUCCAGGAUACAAUGGGGGUUUUGAUCAGACUUUUGCCGUACAUGCUCAGAAUGAUGUUACACUGCAAUGGACAUCUAUUAAGACAUCACUGAAUGAAACAAUUUUGGAUCAUUUAGAACCAUUUGUGUCCUAUCGUGUGAGUAUCGAAAGUGUGAAUGCAAAAGGAUCGACAAAUUCCACAACUUAUAACAGAAGGAGUUGCACAAGUCUCCAUGCUCCAGACAAAUUGUACUUCUGCGGCUACAACGAGUUAUGUUGGACCGCAGCUGAAGGAGCAUCAUCAUAUAGAAUUGAGAGUCGAACGGAACCUAGCAAAAACUUCCAGCCAUUGGCCGAAGUGUUAGAAACGUAUUAUAGACUUGGGAAAGAUGUCGACGAGACCAAGCAGACCAUCUUCCGUGUCCGGAGCACAAGACCAUCAUAUCCACCUAGUGAACCCAGUAAUGCCUUAAGAUACGGAAUAGCAGACAAUGUGGACCUCCCUAUUUUCAUGCUUGCCGCAGUUUUCGGUCUUCUGUUCUGCUUUGCUUGCGGUUUAUUUGCCUGGAGAUGUUUCCACAACAAGAAUAAAAAAUCAAAGCGAAGAAAAAGCAGAAGCAAUUCGACGCCCUCAAAAACGUAUCAGGACUAUGGAAGAUUUACUUAUGGAGAUGGAAGCAGCUCCAGUCAACCCGGCACUGAAACGUACUAUGAGCCUUCACUGAGAUUAUUGGACGACCAUGAAUGGAGAGGACCGCGUGAUUUAGAGCCCGUGGCUGUUAGAUAUCCACCGUCUCUUGCCGAGUUAGACUAUGAUAUCGGAGAAGACCACCCAAUAGAUGACAUGUUCAGAGAUCGAUACAUUUUGGGAGUUCAAGAUCCACCGGCUCAGCUGUACCAAGAUUUGCGACUGGAAAGACUGAGACGAGAAUACAAGCAGUCUCAAAUCUAAAAAAAACCUUUUAACAAGAUUAAUAUCGGGUUUUCAGUUAUAUUUCGUAUCAUUUUCUGCAUCUCAAAAUAUUAUAAAACCUCUACUGCCAUUUCCCUUUUUUAUCACAUUGGUAAAUAUUUAACGUUCGAGUUUAAAACUUAUAAAAAAUAAAAGUACGUUUUUAUA